UUCUUUGAACGUCCUCUCAGCGCUGCGUGAAGGACGCUGUGUAAAUGCGAGUCGUACCAUUCAGGUCCUGCUGAACACAGAAGAUGGAGGCUGGUGACCAGAUCAUUGUGAACACUGAGGUGACACAGAAAGACUCCGCGCAGGCAGUGACUAUAGCUGUGUCGUCUCGUGCUAUCUUUGACCUGGAGGAGGAGCAUGAGCUGUUCCUGGCGGAGGGCAUGGGAAACUACACCAGCCAUCAGAUAGCACACGAAAACGAACCUCUGGCAGAGGGCACGGCAUUGCCCUUCAUCAGAGCGGUUCAGAUGGUAAACGAGAAGUUAUUGGAAAACAAUCCCGAGGAGAAGCAACUGUUUGACAUCAUCCUGGUCUCCAACAACAACGCCCAGAGUGGACUGCGCAUCAUCAACAGCAUCAAGCACUACGGUCUGCACAUCACCCGGUUCUGUUUUCUGAAUGGGAUCGAUCCCUCCAAGUACCUGCAAUCCUACAAUGUCAAGCUGUUCCUGUCAGCAAACGAGUCGGCUGUUUGCAGUGCCCUUAAGAGAGGGAUUCCCGCGGCGCUGGUUAUCCAGCAGGACGUUCAGACGGCAGCAGAGCAGCUGAGGGUGGUAUUCGACGGGGACUGCGUGCUCUUCUCUGACGAGAGUGAGAACGUUUACAGAGAGAAGGGUCUGGACGAGGUCAUCAAGUACGAGAAGGAUCGUGAGCACAUUCCUAUUGGAGAAAAUUCCUUUGACGAGGUUCCGCUCGAUCCGGAGAGCCCUGAGCGACAGUGGGAGGAGUGUGGAGGACCUGCUCCCAGAAAACAAGUACAAGACAGAUUCCCCGAGUAUCAAUGGCCCAACUCCAGAAACCCUGAAAAACUACCUGGACGUGAGUAUCGUAGGCAGCUCAGCGCAGGACACCUGGCAAUCUGCUUUUGCCGCUUUGUGUUCUGA